UCAUCACUUAUUAUAUUUGCUCAUCGCUAAUUUCAACUGGUGGCUAGAAGAGUGUUUAUAAAUUUGUUAAACUUAUGGCGGACCAGUUAAACAUCGAGGGCCGCAUCCAAAAAGCGGUGGCGAAUGGUAAAGACAAAAACGAUGAAAAUAAUGCUUAUGCCACGAAACCCGACGAUAAGCAAGUGCUUCCACAAUCUCUGGAGAAAUUUGUGGACUUGAAAAGCCAGCGGUCGACUGAAGUAGAGCUCAAGGAGUGGACAACGACCGAAAAAAUGGAUAGAUCCCUUGAUUUAGACAUCUACGACGAUUUGGACGAGAUAAAGUCUCAAGGCUCGACAAAGAUUGUUGAAAAGGAGAGAUCUCUUGAUUUGGACAUCUAUGACGAUUUGGACGACUUCCAAAAAGCUGAAGACCACAAAACCAAGGAGCUGCUGGCAUGGGAAGUCAAAUAUGAAAAGGCACAAGCCGAAAUCCAGGAUCUAAAGAUUGAGAAUAAAGCGCUCGGAAAGAAGAUCAAGACUAUGGAGGUUAAUUUGCAGAAUCUACUCGACACGGCGAAGGCUGAAGUAAAGAGGAAAGAGGCCCUGAUUGCCCAAUUGCGAAAGGAAAAGGACGACUUGUGCUUCCGGCGUAAGCGAGGGCGAGAAGUCGACGAGAAAGGGGAAAAAGGGCAAGAGAGUAAGCGGAUCAAAGAAUGCCAGUCGAAUGCCCAGAAGAACUCGGAAACGGAUAGAAAUCCUUUCAAGACUGCAUCAAAAAACGACACUAGAAAGGCAAACUUUAAAAAUGAUGAAAAAAUGACGAAAACAAGGGAAGACACCAAGAAGUCGAUCAUACGAACCAACUAUCCAGAGCUGGGACAGCCUAAGACCAACGAACAGAGAUCGAGCACUCACAAUCAUUAUUCAGGAAAAGGUCACAGAUCAAGAGAUCGACGACAUAGCCGAAGUCGGAGCCCAAAACAUAGCUCUAGACUAGAUACCAGGAGUUCUAAAUGCAGUGCCCGGCAAGUUAAACGUGGAAGUCGUUCCCAGUCCCCCAGAAUCAAUUUGCCAGAAGAAAAGCCUCAAGCAACGGCGGCCCUACUCGAUGAAGCGAAUGACUCCCGGAGUGAGAGCCCGCAAAUUAAGUUGGCCAAACUUGAAACUGGAUCGUCGAAAAAAGUCGCUUCCAACGAAAGGAAUACUAGUACAAAUUCGAUAUUUAUUCCAAAGGAUUCUUCUGAAGUCUGUAAAAGUAAACAUGCUAUAAUUCCGGGAUUGCACUUGAUUUCCAAGUCGGAAUGUGCAGCUUUUGUCCCAAACGACAUCGAACCAGUAGAGAUGAUAAAGCCUGUCGAAAAACUUCUAACUAUAUCGAAUCAUUCAAAGGACUCUGCAAGCGAAGCUACGAAACAUUGUAAAAAAGAAGAGCAACAACUUAACAGACUUGCAAAUGAAAGUCAAGCGAGGGAGCCGCUAGUAAAAUUCAACAAAAAAACAAAUUUAGAAAUUAAAGACGUACUAACAACCAAAAAGCCAGAGACUGUAGAUCAACCAGUAUGCAAAGAUGCUGCUACAGCCUAUAAAGAUGUCGAUCCUCCGAGUAUAGAUAAUAUUAAAGCAGGCUCAGGGACUGAUGAACAUAACCAUGCGAUUAAAUUGGACGCCGGAAUACAGAUAAUCGAGGAUAUUCGACUGCCAAAAAUGGCUGAUAUUGACCACAUAGCUGUUAAAGUCGAUAAGCAGUGCAAAGAAACUUCAGCAAUCUCGGAUUCAAAAGUACAAAACAUUGAUUUAUUUGUUAAAACGCCCGAGAAUUGCAACUCUCGUUUUAAAGAGUUAAAAGAUCAAGAACAUAUCAGCUCUGCAGUCGAUACACCUAUUAAGUCUUCCACUAUUCUGUAUGCUAAGCCCGAUUCAACGAAACUGGAUCACAACGAUGAAAAUGACGAGGUUAUUCUGGAAGCUGCCAUGAAUUUGCUGAUGAACGAACAAGAGCCGUCGAGCAUCGUGGAUCCUAGCUAUACAAAUCUGAGUAAUGCAGAAGAUACCAUUGAGAUGGCAUUAGAGCAAUUACACCAGCAAUCACCAGACGAAACUGUAGUGACUUCAACAUCGAAUAGAGCACAACAGACGCCUAAACUAAAUCUUAUUACGAUCCUCACUCAAUCUCCCAACCAGUGUAGUCCUUCAAAGUCCAAAGCGAAAUCGAAGAAGUUAUCACCAAAAGUGUCACCAGAAAAGACGACCAUCGAGAAAACCCCGCUGAAAAAAAGAAAACUCAACAUAGACAGUCCGACGGAGGCACCAUCGGUGGCCAAGCUGGAUUUGACUAUUGACGAAUCCUUGGAAACUAGCUUGGGUAACGAUGCCUCAACAAUCACCAAACGUUGUUCUCUUGGGCACACCGAUUACCAGUACGAGCAAAUAAAAGACGAGGUCAUUUUGAGAGUAAAACGUCGUUGCCGACGCAGAAGACCUGUAUCGGUGGAUAUACAGACACCUAAUGCAGUCGACCAAGCAAUUAAAUAAAUUUUUUGAUUGGCAUUUAUAAUUUA